UAAGCCACAAUAUCUUUCUCUCUCUAAACCUUAUGCUCUUUUAUAUCUCCAACAUUGGCCUUUUUGUCAACACAGGUUGCUUGCCUUUGCUGGAUUCUGGCCAUUGCAUGGAGUUGUAGGAGCCCUAUAUCUUGCAUAAAUUCUUUCUCAAUAUCUUAAUAAAAAAGGGCUCCUUACAACUCCAAGAAUUUCUUUGCUAAAGUUAAUUUUUUAGUUCAAUUUUAGCUGAAGAUGGGAGAGAUGACAAGCUUCCAGUUGGGUGUUAUCGGUGCCCUGUUUCUUUCAGUGGCAUCAUCUGUCUCCAUUGUCAUUUGCAAUAAAGCUUUGAUGAGCAAUCUUGGCUUCCCUUUUGCAACAACUCUCACUAGCUGGCACCUUAUGGUAACUUACUGCACACUUCAUUGUGCACAACGUUUCAACUUGUUCGAGUCCAAGCCCAUUGACAUGAAGACUGUAAUGCUUUUCGGCAUUCUUAAUGGUGUUUCCAUUGGACUGCUUAACUUGAGCCUCGGAUUCAAUUCCAUUGGAUUCUACCAGAUGACCAAACUUGCAAUCAUACCAUUCACUGUUCUAUUGGAAACUCUCUUCUUGAAGAAACAGUUCAGCCAGAACAUUAAGUUAUCUCUCUUCCUAUUGCUCGUUGGAGUCGGCAUUGCCUCUGUGACAGAUCUCCAGCUCAAUUUUCUCGGAACAAUUCUGUCUCUGCUGGCCAUUGCUACAACCUGUGUCGGACAAAUUCUAACAAAUACAAUUCAAAAGAGGCUUAAUGUGUCUUCCACACAGCUGCUUUAUCAUUCAGCCCCAUUUCAAGCAGCCAUUCUUUUUGUCUCAGGCCCUUUGGUUGAUCAAUUCCUCACCAAGAAGAAUGUAUUUGCAUACAAAUAUUCUCCUAUAGUCUUGGCAUUCAUCAUUCUGUCAUGCCUAAUAUCAGUGGCAGUGAACUUCAGCACAUUCAUGGUUAUAGGGAAGACCUCACCAGUUACAUAUCAAGUGCUUGGCCAUCUCAAGACUUGCCUUGUCCUUGCCUUUGGGUACACCCUGCUACACGAUCCUUUCACAACGAGAAACAUUAUUGGAAUACUAGUGGCCAUCUUUGGCAUGGGCUUAUACUCCUAUUUCUGCACCCAAGAAAACAAGAAGAAACAUUCGGUUGACCUUUCUUCGGUUCCUCAGAUGAAGGAGAAAGACAGCACACCACUCUUAGCAAUGCAAGACAAAGAAACUCAUGAAGCAAAGAAAUCAGCAAAGGACUCUCUUGUUUAAGUAAAUAGGCCUUUCUUUUUUUGGGUCCUCCUUAUAAAAAAGGUUCUAUGUAUGAGGUUGCUGUUUGUCUAAGACAUUUUGUUGGGUGUAAGUAAAUGAUUUUAGAUUCUUUCAAUAAUGCACUCUUUUCUUUUCUUUUC